AUGCCCGAAUCAAUUCCGGUUGUAUUGUUUUUACGACGAGGACUUCGCCGUUGUUACGGCCUUAUUAAAAUCUGGAUACGUGCUAUGCUAGUGGGGACUGUCUGGCUCAUAACUCUACCAUACAUCACAGUCUGGGUAUGGAGAUUCUAUUUUUGGAGUGGAGACGGUCUCGCCUCAUUUGUUUACAGAAGAGAGUCUAUAUCUGUUGGAAUAACCAAUAAUAACAGCACAAUAUCAGAGGAAAAAAGUGCAUUGGCGGUAUUUUAUGUGAAUUUAUUGAAAUCCGCAUUAUGGUAUGCGCCUCCAGAAGCAGUAGAAUUUGUCGAAGCGUACGGAGACUUUGCAAGCAGCAAAUUUUUUGCGGAUACCUUUGAAGGACAAAUUAUAACGUGUAUUGUAGUUAUUGUAUUUGUUGCAGCUUUUUUAUUAAGAGAAUGGAUAAUACAGAAUACACCGCCCGAAGAUGGACUAGAAAAUGAUGGAAUGGAGAUUGAGGGAAUUGAAAACGAAGUUCUGGAAAAUC